AGUCUGUGCUACAUCGGAGUCAAUUACAGCCAAAAGACCGUCAGGUCCUCUCUGGGAUCCUCUCUCUCUGUAUGUAGUCUGUAUUUCUUUUAUUAUGCGAUGCAGCGAUCGCGGGCUACGUCCACAAAUAAAAUGUGUGCAAUGGGCGCCGGGCGGAUCGUCUGCCAGAUAUCGCUCGAGUGACUCGAACCGACAGCCAGCUGAGCCAGCCGCGAACGCAGUAUCUUGUGGCGCAACGUUCGACACGUGUCAUUGGAGGCGGUUAUAUAUAAAAUAUAUAAACAAUAAAUGUUGAUUCGAACGUGACCGUAAUGAGAAUUAAGUAAUAGAUAUUAAGAAAUUAAGUAAUAGCAUCGCGAGAUCUCGAAGAAAACACGCACUGCAUUUAUCUGUAUACUCAGUACAGUGUCUAAUGCGCUAUGGAGGAGGUUCUUCAGCAAUUGGGAGUCGGGAUUCGUCCUGUGAACGAUCCUUUCUUCGAAGAGUCUUACAAAGUCUGCAAGGUCUUCCAAAGAAAGGGCGUCACGAUUGAUGACGAGGAGGAGCUCUGCCACGAAGCGAUCAAGGAAUUCUCAUGUUAUGUCCCAGGAUGCAAGAACACCUUUCAAACGCUGCUCGAUUACGAAAUGCAUUACAACGGCUCGCAUCGAUACGCCUGUACGGAAUGCAAAGUGUCCAGGCCGAAUCCACGAUUGUUGGAGAUUCAUAUUCAGGAGACACACGAUGCCUUCUUCAAAGUCUUAUCAGAGAAGCAAGCCAUGUAUCAAUGUUACGACUCCGAGUGUAAUAUGAAAUUCAAUAAUCCAGUGGAAAGGAAGGAGCAUUGCAUUAGAAUACAUAGAUUUCCAAAGAAGUAUCGGUUUGACGACACGCCGUAUUGCAGCAAGGAAGAUGAAUCGAAUAAAAUGGAAUUUGAUGUUGUCGCUAACAAGAGGACAAAAAAACCUGCUAAGGUACUCUUGAAUAAAAAUCAAAAAAGCAAGAUGUUCAUGAAAGCUGCUACCACUAGUGCAGUCUGCAAAAAUAAUGAUGGUGUAGAAACAGUUUCGUCAAACAAUGCCAAAACUAAAACGACGCCAUUAGUUUUUAUCCCUAGACAAGUACAGAAAUCUUUUUCGAAGGUACUCACAAAUAAUCAAAAUAGAGAAAAGAAUGUUCUUGAGUCAGAUACUAUGAUGGAACUUGCAGACACGUUGCCUGAUUGACAAAUUUGUAUGCAUGAUUUUUUUUAACUUUUUUUUUAAAUGACGAAAUGUUUCGAAAGAUUUUUGUGUAAUUAUAAGUAUAUUGUAUAAGAAUUAAAAGGAAUUAAUUUUAUUAAGAUAAAAAUUAGGAAAAAUGCUAUUUUAAAUCAAACUUAUUUAGAAUUGUAUUUGUACGAUAUGUAAGAAAGGAGUUUUGUGCAAAAAGGCAAUUAUACGAAUUGUAUAUAAUACAAAUAUAUAUUUUAAAUAUUUGAGCACUACAAAA